GAGUAGUCCUGUACGUAUACAUCUGCCCAAAAAGUCUUUUGCCUAUACCGCAUGCUGUUAUCUACGGAACGCGAAGGUCAUUAUCUGAGAGGUUGUCAGCUAAUUUCAACCUCUUUCCUACAUCGUAACCACGAAUACGUUAUUUUAAAGAGUUUGAUGAUCGUAUAAUCUGUCGAUUCAUCUUGGGAAAAUGGCGAUUGCAUCUUGGCUGGUUGGAUUCCUCAGUGUCGCUGUGCUGGCCACUGUCACACUGGCCCAAAACACGACGGAACCAGCCUCGUCAGGCGACGCGAACAGCACCGCCGCUACGGGGAGCACGGCCGGGGACUUCCAGUGUUACGUGUGCGACGGUGAAGUGGCAGAGUCCGCUGCGGGCUGUGAACGUACCGUCAACUCGUCAGUACAGACCACAGGCUGCUCAGGACACUGUAUGACUCGCCGUACCGGAGCCGUUGGCGCUCAUGUGUGGAAACGGUCCUGUGAGGAGGAGUGUGAGGAGACCUGUCUGCAGGCGCCACCUGCCGAGACCUGCACGUACUGCUGUCAGGAGGACCUGUGUAACGGGGACUUGAACACUGCGAGCACAGCAAAGCCUGGAAUCUGGAUAAGCCUGUUGUUUGCAGUUCAAACUGUUAUGUUUUGUGGCGUAUAAUCUGUCUCAUGUACAUGUCAUUUUGUACGAAGCCACUUUGUUUUUCACUCGUAAGUUUUACCUCCGGGGAAGGGGAUUAGAAUAAUGCUAUAAAUUGUUCUGUAUGAUAAUCAACUACAGAAUCUUUAUUCUUAAGAUGUUCAAGGACUUACAGAAACAUCUAUGACAAGGUGAAAACAACCAAUCUCUGAUCUAAUACAUGUACUUACAGUUCGUAAUAUUGUAUUGCAAUAACAAUGUUAUAUAAAUAACUAUGUAUCGACUCUUUAUCGAAACUACUGUCCCUGGCUCAUAGAAAGAGUCAGCAAAACUUCCCUGAGCAAAGGUAAAGUUGCAAUUCAUAUUAUUGUCGU